AUGCAUGUCGUUCACCAAAUCAGAUGCAGCUCUUCACCCCAAGAAGAACUCCCGCGCCUCAUCCUCUACCACCAAACCACGCACGACGCCGCCGGCCGGCCCAUCUCGCUCCUCCCGCUCAUCCACACCCGCCGCAUCGCCCUGACCCACCUCAUCAUCGGCGCCCUGCACGUGCACGCCAACGGCACCACCAUCCACCUCAACGACCACCCGCCGCUGCACCCGCGCUACCGCACCCUGCGCGCCGAGGCCCGCCUGCUGCAGGAGGCUGGUGUGGUGGUGCUGGGCAUGGUUGGCGGUGCUGCGAGGGGGUCGUUUGCGCGGGGGACGCUUGAUGGUGGCGGUGGGGGGGAUGGUGGUGAUAAUAAUAACGGUGGUGGUGGUGGUGGUGGCGCGGCCUUUGAGCGCGCUUAUGGGUUGUUGCGCGGGGCGGUGGGCGCGUAUGGUCUGGAUGGUGUUGAUCUUGAUGUCGAGGAGCCGAUGACGUUGGGCGGGGCGGUAGGGCUGGUGCGGCGGCUAAGGGCGGACUUUGGGCGCGCGUUUGUGGUUACGUUCGCGCCGGUUGCGACUGCGUUGUUGGCGAGUGCGGUUGGGCAGGGGGGGAUUAAUCUGAGUGGGUUUGGGUAUGGGGAGUUGGAGAGGGUGGUGGGUAGGGAGGUGGGAUUCUAUAACGCGCAGUUUUAUAACGGGUUUGGGGGGGCCGGGGGUACGGCGCUGUUUGAUGGGAUUGUGGCGGGCGGGUGGGCACCGGAGAGGAUUGUGGUUGGGCAGUUGACGAGUCCGGUGAAUGGGUUCGGGUUUGUGAGGCACGAGGAACUGGGGAGGACGGUGGCUGCGCUGCGGGAGAGGUAUAGCGAGAUUGGGGGGGUUGCGGGGUGGGAGUACUUCAAUGCGGUUCCUGGGGGGGUGGGGAGGCCGUGGGAGUGGGCAGAAAGCAUGACGCGGAUUUUGAGGCCUGGGCGGGAACCGGUGUUGAGGAUCACGAGGGAGAAGGCAGAGAUGUUGAAUGAAGCGUGGAUGACGAGUGCUGCAGCAGGAGUUGAAGUCGAAGAUGGGGUCGGGGCGGCGGAACGGUGGGUUGGGUUGGUGCCGAAUGUGGACUACCUGGGCAUGGUUAAUGAAUAGGAGUUGUUAUUUUUCAAUUUUGCACGUUUCUUUGCUCCAUGCUGACUGAAAUGAACUUUCCCACUAUUCAUGUUUUGUUGGUGUUUGGUCCG